AGAGUUUUCAGUGGUAAAAUGUCCUAUCACAAAUUGGUAGACAGAGGGCAAUGUUGCUGCAGGUGAAAAUACUUCACCACACAUCUGGUGAUUACAAAGGGGAUUAUUAAACAUUAUUUUGCAUUAUUUUGAAAAUGUUUCGCAUACUCCAGUUAUACAUUUAAAUGUAACAUUAUCCCUAACGUCCAUUAACUGCCGUAGUUUUGUUUUCAGUGUUUUAGCAUUUCUUAAAAAAAAGUUUUUCUUGAUUUCUCCGCCUCCAGCCCCACCCAUGACUGUGUCACAUACUGCUGCCGCUCUCAAGUCACAACCUGAAGUAAACUUCAUGAGAAGACGUUGAGAUAUAAAAAACUAUGUGUGGAGGAAGAAAAGGACGAACGAGAAUAACAAUAGAUUUCUGCGGGUUCAGAAACAAGUGAUCAGUGUUGUUCACGCAGUGGAUUUGUUAAUUCAAUGAAGAGAAUGAGUGAGGACGACAUUCUGGAGAUGGACUCGGUUUCAGAGACCGAUGAGGGGGCGGAGGCUGAGGUGGACAUGAUAGACGAGGAGAUCGUUUAUCCCGAGGAGUUCUUACCAACAUAUCAUUCAAUAAAAGAAGGAGCCAAAGUACGGAUAACACAACAGGCGGAGUUUAACGACAAACCCGACUCCCUUUUCUUCAAUGACGGCGUGAGACGGAUCGAUUUCAUCCUGGUCUAUGAAGACGAGGACAAGAAGGAGUUUGAGAAGAGGCACACGUUCCAGAGACGUAAAAGACGAAGGGAAUACUUUGAGGCCAGUCUGAUGAAGAUGGGAAUGGAGCUGGAGGCCACAAAAUCUGUCGUGGAUGAGAAACGGAUGUUUGUCAAGGUCCACAUGCCGUGGGACGUGCUCUGCACCUACGCUGAAGUCCUGCACAUCAAGCUCCCCAUCCAGCCCAACGACCUGGCAUCGCGUCCGUCCCCGUGGCGCUUCUUCUCCUGCAUCACCAAGCACUUCUACCCUAACGAAGAGCUCAUCAGCAAGGAGACGGAGUACUUCACCGCCCCCUUUGAGAAAGACCGCCUUGAGUACUUCUACAUCAAGAACCCGGACAACUUCUUCACUCCGUCCAUGAGGAGCAGGAUGGCUUAUUACAUCCUGAGUCGUGCCCCCUACGAGGUAAGAGGAAGUCAUAAGAAGUUCGGCAUCACCAAGCUGUUGGACAGUGGUGUGUACAAAGCUGCCUAUCCACUUCACGAUUGCAGGUUCAACGUCAAGUCCAAAGAUCAGAGUUGCCCCAGUGAGAGGUAUCUGCUGUACCAGGAGUGGGCUCAUCCCAAAAGCUUCUACAAGUUACAACCACUUGACCUGAUCAGAAAGUAUUACGGAGAGAAGAUCGGCAUUUACUUCGCCUGGUUGGGUUUCUACACUGUGAUGCUGGCUGUGGCUGCUGUCGUGGGACUGGGCUGCUUCAUCUACGGAUAUAAGACCCAAGAAACCAGCACUUGGAGCAAAGAGGUGUGCGACCCUGAGAUCGGAGGAAACAUAGUCAUGUGUCCGCAGUGCGACAGAUUCUGCAACUACUGGAGGUUGAACAGCACGUGUGAGGCUUCGAAAAAACUCUGCAUUUUUGACAACUUUGGGACGCUGGUGUUUGCAGUUUUUAUGUCAGUCUGGGUGACUUUAUUCCUGGAGUUUUGGAAGCGUUACCAGGCAGAGCUGGAAUAUGAGUGGGACACGGUGGAGUUCCUGGAGCAGGAGGAGCCUCCACGACCAGAGUACGAGGCCAAGUGCAUCUACGAGAGGAAAAAUCCUGUCACUGGGGUGAAAGAAAAAGUUCCGUACACCACCUGUGGACGAUGUGUUCGGGUGUCACUAGGUUCGGGGACAGUCCUAUUCUGGAUAUUCCUGAUCCUGGCGUCCAUCGUAGCCAUCACCGUCUACCGCCUCGCUGUCUUCUUCUCCUUCUCCACACGAUUCAGGAACCACGAGCUCAAGGAGCUGGAGCCGUUAAAGGAGUACGUGACUCCUCAGAUGGCCACGGCGGUCACGGCGUCCCUCAUCAACUUCAUUGUCAUCAUGAUCCUUAACAUGCUGUACGAGCGCGUCGCCAUCUGGAUCACCGACUUUGAACUCCCUCGCACCAAGACAGACUACGAGAACAGCCUGACCCUGAAGAUGUUCCUCUUCCAGUUUGUCAACUAUUACUCUUCGUGCUUCUACAUUGCCUUCAUCAAAGGGAAGGCGGUCAGCUAUCCUGGUCGACCUGUGUACCUGCUGGGAAAGUACAGGAACGAAGAGUGUGAUCCCGGUGGUUGUCUGAUUGAGCUGACCACUCAGCUGUCCAUCAUCAUGGGGGGCAAAGCUAUCUGGAACAACAUCCAAGAAGUGCUGCUGCCGUGGGUGAAGAACCUGAUUUCUCGCUACUGCACCCGUGUGGCGUCAGAGAAGGUGGUUCCUCGCUGGGAGCAGGACUAUCAGCUUCAGCCCUUCUCCAAAUUAGGGCUUUUCUAUGAAUAUCUGGAAAUGGUCAUCCAGUUUGGCUUUGUGACUUUGUUCGUGGCCUCCUUCCCGCUGGCCCCUGUCCUCGCUCUGGUCAACAACCUCUUCGAGAUCCGGGUGGACGCUUGGAAAAUCACCACCCAGUUUCGUCGUGUGCUGCCAGAGAAGGCUCAGGACAUCGGAGCCUGGCAGCCCAUCCUCCAGGGCAUUGCAAUUUUGGCUGUUGCGACAAAUGCCAUGAUCAUAGCGUUUACGUCAGACAUGAUUCCACGGCUGGUGUAUUAUUGGUCUUUCUCUGUGUAUCCGUACCACGAUCACUUCAACAACACCAUGGAGGGCUACAUCAACAGCUCACUGUCCAUAUUCAACACCAGUGAUUUCUCCAGCCGCAGCAAACCCAUCAUGGAUAAUGGCACAACCAUCACUACCUGCAGGUAUCGAGAUUUCCGCUACCCUCCAGGACAUCCCAGACAGUAUGAGUACAACGUCUACUACUGGCACGUGGUGGCAGCAAAAAUGGCUUUCAUCAUUGUUGUGGAGCACAUUGUCUACUUUACCAAGUUCAUCCUGUCCUACCUGAUCCCAGACGUGCCAUACACCGUCAAAGAGCAGAUCAAAAGAGAGAAAUACUUGACCCAGGUCAUUCUCCACGAGACCAACCUGAAGCUGGUCACCAAGCGUUUGAGAACGACCGACGAUGACACCACGGUGACCAGAGUGGAGAAGGUGGAGCUGGAGCUGGAGCUGGACUCGUGACAGGAUCCCUCACCCCCCUGGUGUGGUACUGACCAGCAAAAUAGGAAACGAUUACAAUAAAGAAGGACCUGAGAUAGAUGGCAUCUGCAGCUUGUGAGGGGCUGUUAGACAGAGAAUGAAAAGAAAAAAAACAUUGCUGACUGCUCAUGGUCCCUAAACUCAGCUUUUUGAUUUGCACUCUUUUAGUUCCACCGACACAUCACCAGCCACUAUGACUUUGCUUGAAACUGAA